CUUCAACACAAGCCAGCAGACACUUCAACGUGCAAUAAGGUCAUAAAUUUUGUACCCGCGACAUUUAGCGACAAAUGCCACAGCCCGGAGUUGCGCGCAGCAGACCGGAGCAAGUUCGUUAUUAAUGCUCGUACACAAUAAACGGAACGAAUUUCCAAGAUGUUUCUUUCGCUGAGUGCGUUUAUUGCUUGGUUUCCGCUCGCUUGUGGCGUCGCCAUCGACACCUGCAGCUCAGAAGAGAGUCUUUCCAGCAUUGCCAGCCAUUUUCAGCAAUAUCCUGAUGCUACAAAAUUGAUCAAUCAUGCGGAAUCGUUCUACUGUUUGGUGUACCAUUCCACAGACAGAAAUUUCAGAAAGAAAAUGCCCUGCCUAUGCGCCCGUGUGUCGUUCAUUGGGAAACCUGGAGAAAGCCUCACUUUCUUGUACCAAUACUCACCCAACAAAACACACCUAUACACUGGAGUAACACAAGUGCAAACGAACAGAACAGAUAUAGCUUUCUUAAAAGAUAAUGAAAUCGUUAUUAAGUACGUUAAAGAUUUCAACCUUUACAGAGAAACAAUCAGGAUCCUAUUCACAGAUUAUCACAGCUGUGCGGUGCUUAACUCGACACUCCUGGGUGCAAUGUUGUGGGUUAAGCUCGACCACCUACUCAAAGAAGAACAAAUGCCUUACUUGUGCACGCUCACGUACCAGCUUACCGCUCAAGACACUCGCCAUAUGGUCUACGAUUGGAAGGUGUGCCCGGAGAUGAGAAGCUACAAGGAGAAUACAAAGAGACCAAACGGCAAACCGCACAAGAAAUCUCGAUAAGCCCUGUUGCCCUUUUUGAUAAACCCUUUUUGUUGUUCUUGCAAGGAGUAAACUUCCUGAUGCCAAUAUUUGAUUAGCACUAACAAUAUAUAAUCACCGAUCACGAGAAGUAGUCGAACAAGCAAUGUAGCUGAAACCAACGUUUCGACAAGGGCACUUGUCCCCUUGUCCCCUUCAAACUAAAUUACCGAAGCCACAAUACUCUCAAUAAAUAUCCAUGCCGUAUGCA